AUGGUCGAAGACUCAAGCAUAAAUUCUAAGUCUAAGAAUAAAGCAACACGGCCAAAAGCUGUAUACUUAUGGACAGAAGCUGAUGUACAAAAAUGGCUGAGGCGUCAUUGCAGUGACUAUUAUAAUUUAUACUGGGAAAGAUUUCAUGAGGAAACAUCUGAUUCAAUAUCUGCUUUUUCUGAUACUUGUUCAAAUUAUACUCCACCGAGACAAGAUACUAGUUCUGAUGAAUCAUUUCUAGAAGAAUUUGAGACACCGAAGCAAUUAUCUCCACUUAAGGAGGUGAACAAGACUUGCGAUAAAACUCCAAUCAUCCGCAAUGAUUUACCGUUAUUACAAUGUGUUCCCUUACCUGAUAUAUCCACUGAGCCGCCUAAAAAUCUAAAUAAUAGUGAUUUUAGCCAUCAAUUGGCCACAUUAAUGGGUCAUACUAAUGAAGUCCACAAAAAAUCUUAUAGAUUGCCAGAUGACGUAUACCAAACUGCUAAAAUAUCGAAACUACUUAUUCUUAUGGAAGAUGGUAAAGCAGAUGCUUUCAAAAGAAAGACUCUCGAAGAGAUCGAUUUAGAUAUGAAUGAAGAGCUAGAUGAAGAGGUUCUUGAUAAUGAUCAAAUAUUGGAUUAUGAUUGUGGUCCUAUCGAAACUGUCAACUCUGAUUGCAUUCAACAAAUGUGUAAUCAAAACAAUUUAUCCCAGGCUGGACCAUCCGGUAUUCAGACUUCUCAACAAUGUGUCACCGAACAGAUAACACAGGUUUUAAAUACCAAAAAUAAAAUAAAGACAGGAAAGAAAAGAACAUUAGUACCUUGGACGCCGGAACAAAAGAAAGUUGUGACAAAAUUUUUCAAAUUACACAUUAAAAAUAAACAACCACCUAAAAACAUGAAUGUGAAAUACUAA